CUCUUGUUGGGGAAGAAUUAUUCCUCAGAAUAAUCUUCUGGCUCAGUGUAAAUUCCCAUUAGUAUCAUGAAGUUCCCUUGGUCCCACACUACGAUCGUUGAUAUGAUCAAAAAUGAUCAUAAAGUUGAAGAAAAGUGCCACAAAGUAACGGCAGACAUUAUUGCAGGCAAACUUACGAUAGCAGAGUUCGUUGAAGAGCUGGGACCUGCACUGACUCACACCGAUGCCUCCGUUCGGGCGCAGGGCACACUGUUGUUAUCGAACGUGCUGAAGGAUUUACCACCGGAAGGACUCACCGGGGAGCAACUGGAGUUUGUCAGUGCGUUUUAUUGUGACCGCGCAAAGGACCACAAUGCCGUCUCUCCCAUGGUCCUCGUAGGUAUGGAAGCACUUAGCCGCAUGACGAAUCUUUCCGAUGCUGCCGCCGUGCGACUGUUGCGAUCACUCUUUGAACUCAUUCCCUGCCAGAGCCAGAAGAAACCGGAACGAACACUGUACUUUCAAACGAUAGUGGCCUUGUCCGAGCGCAAAACGGAUGCACUGAAAGAAUGGGGUGCCGACUUCAUCUACGGCGUUAUCGGCGCAAUGGAGGGCGAGCGGGAUCCGCGUAACUUGCUGUACCUUUUCGAGCAAAUGCCGACAUUUAUCCGCGCGUACCCGAUGCACCAUCUGGCGGAGGAAAUGUUUGAAACGUUUGCGUGCUACUUUCCCAUCGACUUCCAUCCGAACCCGAACGAUCCGGUUCCGAUCACGCGCGAUACUCUAGCCGAGAAGUUGGCCGAUUGUCUUUGUGCGACCGCGGAGAUGGCGGUGUUUGCCGUACCGCUGCUGCUGGAAAAACUCGACAGUAGUCUUAACGUGGCCAAGCUGGACUCUUUGGCUUUACUUGGCCGUUGUUUGGCUCUGCUCGACGUUAAAGAGGUCGAGGAACAUCAGGCUGAAUUGUGGAGCGCGCUGAAACGGGAAUUGUUUCCAUCCGGACCGAGCUCCAGCACCGACAAGGCGCUUCAGGAGGCUGGAUAUGCGGCAAUGCAAGCGUUAGCGAAAAAUGCUUCCACAAGCGAAUCUUCAGCAAAAGCCUUUCUCGAUCAAACAUUGCUCGGCGUGAUGGGAAGUUUAACUGACGCGAGCUCCAAAAACUUCGAGGCGAGCCUGCAAGUCGAACUGGCUUGUGCCCGUGCAAGUUCCUAUUGUGCGGUGUAUGUCAUCGAAAAGCUCGUACCGAUGCUACUCGCCCAGCUGAACGUGGAUGGGUUCGUUGAGAUGCGGCUUCAAAACAUCCUCGUCGAUAGCCUUCAGCGUCUGAUGAUUCCCUGCGCUCAGUGGUAUUGCUGGGCCGAGCUCGACCCUACUCUUCUCGGCCAGGUGCAAAAGAAGUUCAUCGAAAUUCUUCUGCAACAGCCGAACGCUAGCGAACAAAAACGGUCCGCCUUGAAAGCAUUGGCAGCCGUGCCGGAAAUGGUGACGAGUGAAAAUCGCUACGUCGUGUACAACACGAUUGUGAACGAUUUGCUUACUAGCAUUGACAAAGUGCCCCAGACAGAUGCCGUUGAGGACUGCUUGUAUUCCUUUGCCACUCGCAACCAGCAGGAAGUUAAAACGGUCGUCCUCAAUAAGCUGAUCACACAUGACUAUGCCACAACCGAGCAGGCGGUGAUCCAGCGUACUUUCAAAGCGCUGGGGAAAUUGAUUCUUUAUCAUGGUUACAUGGAAAAGAUGAUUGAUUUCUUUCUCUCGCUCGUGUUUGCAAAGCCUCCUCCGGUCGACGAUCGGUUAGCAAUCGUCGCCAUGGACACGUUGACGGACGUGGUCGAAACGGGUAACCAUAGCCAACUAGCGAAAGCAGAACUGUACGUUCAGUACAAGCUGCUCGAUCGCUUUUUCGAGUAUGUCACGGAUCAGCUGACCUCCGACUAUCUGUACAGCAUGUCCCGUUUAAUAGCAGCCGUCGUAAAGCAACUCCCAACGGACGAGCAGAAGGAUUUGGUACUCAAACGCCUACCCACUCUGCAGCUUCAGCGUCGCUCCCACCUGUACUUGGCAUCCGGCUUGCUUGGCUAUCUCGAUGAAAGCGUACCACUGGUGGACCAUUUCGAGUCGCUCGUAAACGACCUUAGCAAACUGGCUCUCGAAACGGACGACGAGCGUGUUCGGCAGGUUUGCCAUCGCUUGCUGUGUAGUUUGUUUAACCGCAUGCCGGACGACGACCAUCAUCGUGGGGUUCUAAAGCGGCUGCUGGCGGUGCUCAAGACGGAGCUGAAAAAGCACAACCACCAGGCUGUGCUCAUCCUCGGUUGGAUUGGCAAAGGGUUGAUAGCACGAGGCCACGCGGAAGCGGGUGAGAUCAUCGACGACGUGGCCGAGCUGCUCGAUCACCCAACGCUCAGUCACAUGGCCGCACUUGCGUUCGAGAUCCUGUCGCUGGAGUUCCCUCAGCUGCACCUACCUCUGCUAAAGGGCCUUUUCAAACAGAAGCUUUUCGUGUGGGUCAUGAAGAAGCUGGAAGGUAAGAUGGAACAGUAUGCCGUCGCGCACCUGAAGGCUUUGGUGUUUGUGUUCAAGGCGACACCGCACGCGGUGCUCAAGAUGAACCUCGCGAAGGUUGGCCCAGUGUUGCUGAAGUGUCUGGCACAGGACGACGACUACACGAUGGUCGAGGCAUUGACGAUGGUAGGCCGAUUAAUUCGCGAACUGGAUGUUUUUGUGCAGGACCACCUGCAGUCGUUGAUUCCGGUGCUUCUGAAGCUGGCCACACGAGAGUCUUCCAUGAAAGUGCGCAUUGGGGCGCUCGAGUGUUUGCUCUACAUCUGUAAAUAUCCAACCUUCCUGCUGCUUCCUUUCAAACAGACCGCGUUGAUCGAGCUCCAGAAGCCGCUGGACGAUCGUAAGCGUCUAGUGCGAAAUGCGGCCGUAGCUGCUCGGCUUCAAUGGUAUUUGGUUGGCAGUACAGAGGAAGCGAAGGAUGACAAGUGAAGUAACGGCCAGUACCGGUGGGAGGAGUGAACAUCGACAGCCAAAUUACCUCGGCCUUCCUCUGCGCACGCCGGGUGACGCUUUCCAAUGAGGAUCGCUUAAUAGCCUAUAGCUUGGUGAUGCAUUUUAUUCGAACGAAGCGCAUUUGUUUUAAAGACAUCUUCAAAGUAGAAGUGGAGAGGAUCGGCCCAGAAACAUCUCCGCAAGCUUCCCUUGUUUCAUUGGAAAAUAAAGAUAACAUUCUAUUGUA